CUGAAUAUCUCGUUUGAUAUGUUGGGAUCGCGUUUGUCGUUAGAGAUUGUAACAACUGUUGAAUCAUAUUACUACGCGCUGCGUACAUCUCAUCGUCCAUCGUUCUCGUGACUAGUAGGGGUGCGUGGUCGAAAAUUGUGAUAAUCGUGAGAGUGCGAAUAUCGCAUGAAUAGUGCAAAUACCCCAAAGGAGAGAUAGAGAGAAGCUCCACAACGGGGUGAGUUUCUUUGGUAAGAGAGAGGCCUUCCGAGCGAAAUCAUGAAAAUGAUCUUUUGGAUAAGCUUUCCUCGUUUUUCCUGUGUUUGGGAUAGACAUUAACGAUAUGGAUGCAAUAUGGCUUCAGUACUUUGGCAUAUCUCUGGAAAUACUUUUCUUUCACCAGUCUUCGUGUUACUCUUGUUACUGUGUCCACACAACUCCACAGCCCGCGAGAUAUUUGAUACACCACAACCACAAGACUAUUUUUCAUCACUGCCACCAUCACCGGGAAGACUCAUUACUGUCAAAACACCAAAAUGUGAUCAAAAAUUUGUAAGCACUCCUGAUGGACCGCUGAACGGAAGCUUUCACGCACCGAUGUUGAUCAACCCUGAAGAAGAGCCACGUCAAUGCGUUUAUACGUUUCUUGCAGGGCCGCGUCAGCGUGUAGAGUUAAUUUUUACGUCGUUUGGCCUUCGGGGUAAACCACCAGAUGGAUCUGCUGUGGGAGAAUUACCUGCCUGUGUUCAUGAAUAUUUGGAUAUUUAUUCGGAAAUACGAUCGGAGAACACGACUAAGUUAAUAGAGACACCGUUUGGUGGACGAUUCUGUGGACCAAUUCCACCACGUAGACGGGUCUCUCUUUAUCAAGGAAUUGCUCUCAGUUUCUACACCGACAAAAAUGUCACGCUGCCGAAUAUUUUCAGCGGUAUUUACAGAUUUAUCAACGCCU